CCCUAUUUUUAUUUUAUAUUGAUCUCAUUAUAAUUGGAUUCUUAUGAAUUUUGUAGUCAUCCAUUUGGACAAAGAUCGCGUAUUGCUCUUGACUUGAUGGUCCUGCCUCCUGCAUAACAGAGAAUUAUGAAUUUAGAGCAAAAACUUUAAUAGAGUAUCGAAUAUAUUGUACGUUCACAAACAGCAUAAACAACAUAUAAAUUAUAUUCAUAAAAGUAUCCAAUGCAUGUUUCUUUUCAAGUCUACCAAACUUUAAUGAUUAAACAUUAUCAUACAGUGUAGAUAUAUUGUUUAUGCAUGAUCAUACAAAAUAGCUACAUUAUGUAUACACUCAAUUUACAAAUAAGUCCAUUGUCUCUAACAUUCCCGAAAUUCCAGGAGCACCACGUCAAGAGCAAUACACGAUUGUUCUGGAUUUAACCGUUAACACACGCACACAUAAAAGAAUUUUUAGAUAAGGACAAAAAUAAGGUUUUCAAAAGAUGCUACUGUCCAACACGAUGCUAUUGUUCAAAGAGCAAUUUCCCAAACUUGAGGGGUAAUGAAAACAGAAACAGAAAAUACUCCCAUCUAUAAAUAACCGCCUUUCCCUUCAACUCGCAUGCAAUUUGAUCGGCAAAAACAUGGAUGAAACCGGUGAUAUGUGCAACGACGGCAGCACUUCAAUGAUUAUAGAUGCGAUGACUGCUCCAAGUCCUGCCACAGGUCCUAUUACUGAAGAUGAAAUUAGAGCUUUUCUGUUGCAGGGAAAACCAGUGAGCACAGCGGAUCUUGUCCUACAAUUUAGAUCUCGUUUAAAAUCUAAAGAGGCUAAGGUUGCUUUUGCUGCUGUAUUGAAGAGGAUCUGCAAGAUACAGAAAACCCGCACAGGCGCUAGCUAUGUUUUGUUACGAGAGGAAGGCGAAUUAUUGGAUACUUUGAUAGCAACGGAGUUCUUUCGUCUUGAAAUCUAAAUAAUAUUUAUUUCUUAAAAUGGUUCUUUCAAUCAUUCAUUGAAAGGAGAAGCUUGAUUUCGAAUUCGACCAA